AUGGCCUAUCUUGCCCCCAUCCAUCGGCCUAGCAGCGUCCGCCAUGCGCUGAGGUUGAAUCUCUUGGAUCCGGACAUAGAAUGCCUUGUCGUUGCAAAAGGACCUCGAAUCGAAAUAUGGCAACCGGCAGACGAUACAUUCGUAAUGACCGACUCGCACCAGAUAUACGGCUCGGUCUCUAUGCUUGCCAAAUUCCGAAUCAUCGGUGCAGAAACAGACCUCCUCUUCGUCGGCACGCAGCAACUUCAGUAUUUCACAAUAGCUUUUAAUAAAGAGACGAAACGAUUAGAAACACGGCAGAGAUUCGAGGAUAUGGCGUACAAAUAUCUGCAAGACUCACAAAGCCGAGAUCUAUGCCUCGUCGACCCAACGGGGCGUUUCUUGGUGCUAGCUCUGUUCGAAGGAGUCUUGAACCUGAUCAAUAUUAUGAAACCGCGGAAAGGUCGCGUUGAAGAUCUGGGUGUGCCAGAGCAGACACGUAUUGCGGAGACAAAGGUUCGCUCCAUGGCGUUCCUCCACACGGAGACGAAACAACCCAAGCUUGCCCUCUUAAUUACAGAUACAGUCUCCGGCGAUGUACGAUUAGUCACAUACAGAUUGGUGGAUGAGAAGAUGGCUUGGGCAACAUUUGAUGCUUCGAAAGACCGAGAAAAUGAUAUUGGUGAACUGGAUAUGGGCGCGAGCCACUUGAUUCCAGUAUCCAAAGGCGACAGCAAGGAUAAGAGACACUUAUCACGCAAUUCAGCUGCUUUGAAAGCGCAUCUGGGUGGUGUUAUUGUCGUUGGAGAGACGAAAUUUACCUACCUAGACGAUGAAAGUAAAGCCGUUGUGGAGUUCGCUCUCGACGAAGGUUCAAUAUUUGUGGUUUGGGAGCAACUUGACAAUUUGAACUUUGUUUUAGGGGAUGAAUUUGGUAUCCUCCACCUCUUGACCUUAGAAGUUGAAGGCUCCGAAGUUGUUGGUUUGGCCCUACAAAAGAUAGGACGGACAUCAAAAGCUACUGUUAUAGUGCAUCUUGGAGAAGGAAUUGUCUUUGUUGGCUCCCAUGAAGGAGACUCUCAAUUUCUCAAGUUGGACAUUGAAGCAGCAAAAUCUGCUCCUCCAAAUCUCGAGACCUUAACAGACUUGGGUCAUCUCACGGUGAUUCAAGAGAUGCCAAAUAUUGCGCCUGUUACGGACUUUGCAGUGAUGGAUAUGGGCAGCCGAGAAGGAGAAACACAAUCGAAUGAGUAUUCCACCGGUCAAGCCCGAUUGGUAACAGGAAGUGGUGUUUUCGAGUCAGGAAGCUUUCGAAGCGUCAGAAGUGGCGUUGGCCUGGAAGAUGUUGGUAUCUUGACCGACGACAUGGACGACGUUCGAGACGUAUUCUCUCUUCGCUCUAGUCCUGGUUCGCAAAAUGACGAUACUUUGGUUGUCUCUCUAGCUGUCGAGACUCGAGUAUUCAAAUUUGACUCAGGAGGCGAGAUUGAAGAAGUUGAAGAAUUCAGAGGAUUGUCGUUUGAUCAACAAACUCUGUUAGCCAUAAAUCUACCGAAUGGGUUCAUUCUGCAGAUCACGACAGAGUCGGUACGAGUUCUUGGACCAAAUUCAUCUCCAUCUUCUGUUGGCGCAGAAUGGCGACCCCCAUCGGGCGAAAUGAUCACUACUGCAUCAGCGAAUGAGGGCCAUGUUCUAUUGUCGUGUAAUGGUGUUACGCUGAUUUCUCUAGACGUGCGCUCGGGACUCCAAGAAGUGGCUAUACAGAAUCUUCAAGAGGGUGAUCAAGUUGCUUGCAUCAAUGUUCCAAGCGAUAUUCCAAAUGUUGGAAUAGUCGGCUUCUGGAAGUCCGGUACCAUAUCUGUCCUCGAUUUAACAAAUCUGGAUAUCGUAUACUCUGAAAAUGUCCGUCGAAAGAACGAUGCCUCUGUCCCGAGGAAUAUCGUUAUGACGCAAAUCUUACCGAGGAGUGUGUCAGGCCCAACGCUUUUCAUCGCAAUGGAAGAUGGCAUUGUUUUGACGUUCGGUGUUAACAAGUCGUUCCAGCUAUCCGGUAGGAAGAGCAUUGUUUUAGGUACACAACAAGCUCGAUUUCACGUUCUGCCACGAUCCGACGGACUCUCCAACGUUUUUGCAACUUGCGAGCAUCCCAGCUUGAUCUAUGGCUCCGAAGGCAGGAUUGUCUACUCUGCUGUCACUGCAGACAAUGCGGUAUGUGUCGCACCUUUCAAUGGCGAGGCAUUCCCAAAUUCAAUCGUUGUUGCUGGCUCUGGCACUCUCAAAAUCUCACAGGUCGAUUCCGAGAGGCGGACUCACGUACGCACAUCACCAAUAGGAUACACAGUACGAAGAAUCGCAUAUUCUGCCCAUGAGCGAGCCUUCGGAAUUGGCUGUGUCACUCGUAAGCUUCAAAAAGGAGAAGAGACGGUCAAGAACACUUUCCAGCUUGUCGAAGAUAUGAUGUUUGGUCAAAUUGGUAAACCCUACGAGCUCGAUGGUAGCAACGGGCCUGAAGUCAUCGAGUGCGUUAUCCGCGCCCAGCUGCCUACCGCAGAUUCAGGGGAUGAGCUAGCAGAACGCUUCGUUGUAGGCACAUCUUUCCUUUCAGAUGAGCUGGCCGAGCCAAACCGUCGAGGCCGAAUACUCGUCUUCGGAGUGAACAGCCAGAAGACUCCUUAUCUCAUCACAAGUCACACACUCAAGUGUGCAUGUCGGCGCUUAGCAAUGCUAGGUGACAAAGUCGUCGCCAUAUUAUACAAGACAGUGGUUGUCUUCAAGUACCAUGAAAACAGUAUCAGUUCGGCAACACUCCGCAAAGCCGCAACAUAUCGUUGUGUCACCGUCCCAAUGGACAUUUCUGUCACGGGCAACACCAUUGCUAUUGCAGAUAUGAUGCAAUCCCUUUCCAUCGUCGAAUACGUCCCAGGCAGUCUCGGAAUCCCAGAUACGCUGGAACAAGUAGCGCGAGACUACGCUCCCUGCUGGGCCACAGCCGUAACAGACAUUGACAACGACUGCUACCUGGAAAGCGACCACGACGGCAACCUGUUAAUCCUCCGCCGCAACAAAGCGGGCGUCACAGCAGAAGAUAAGAAGAGGAUGGAGAUCAUCGGAGAAAUGCACCUAGGCGAACAAGUCAACGCCAUCCGAAGAAUCCAAGUAGAGCCCGGUCCUAACGCCAUGGUUGCCCCAAAGGCUUUCAUGGCUACUACAGAAGGAUCCAUCUACCUCGUCGCCACUAUCCUCCCAUCAUCCCAAGACCUCCUUCUCCGUCUCCAAGAGCGUUGCGAAUCCCACAUCAGCACGCUCGGUCAAAUCGACUUCAAGAAGUAUAGACGGUAUAAGAACGGGACUCGAGAGUCACAGGAACCGUACCGGUUCGUGGACGGUGAGUUGAUCGAGAGGUUUUUGGAUUGUGAUGAGGAGGUGCAGGAGAGUAUUUGUCAGGGGCUAGGUCCAAGCGUGGAGGAUGUUAGGGGGUUGGUGGAGGAGUUGAAGAGGUUGCAUUAG